AUACGUACCCGAGUUCCCCGCCUUUUGAGAAGUAGUGGUGUCCUCGGUUAGGACGUUUUUCUUCAUUUGAAUACGCUGACGGUUUUAAUUUGAGGCUUUAUGGCGAAUUUUGGACACUUUCACGCCAAGUAUAGCUAACUGUUCGUCGAUGAGCGCUGUGAACAAACAAACAAGCUGACAAUGUUGCUCCCAUCGGACGUCGCCCGGCUUGUUUUGGGUUUGUAUUCUGUUGUUCAUAUGUGGUGAAGCACAGCUGUAGCUCGAGCUCGAACCGAUGAUGCUAUCACCUGUAAAAACCUGAAGCUAAAAUGGUUUUGCUAGCUAGUUGUAUUCAUGUUUCACAAUAUGGGUGUUACCAGUCGUCGCUGAAGCGUUAUUUCAGCGCUUUUCGUGUCUCUUUGUAAAAGUGUAUUGACAACUACCCCCCCAAACCCAUACACAGGAUACCUCCAAGAUGAGGGACUGAUCUCUACAAGUCAAGCUUUCAUUCAUGAAAGUCCAAGCUUGAAAGAAUAUGCUGAUCACGCUACAGGAGACGGAACAAUCCCUGCCUGCGUGCUAGUAAGUAAACCCUCUUUCUGUCUCUCAAGAAAAUGUCCAACCAUUGUAGACUAAACUUGUACCCAUGUCUCAUAAUUUGUCUUCCACACUUAGUCCGUCUUUGGGAAAGGCCUAACAACUAUCCUGAACGAGUAUGUGGCUGCCAAAAGUAAAGGUAAGUUAAUCUGACAUGGUGAGCAUUAAAAAUAGUCCUUUGCAAUAACUAUUAAUAAAACUACCCUGUCACUCUUAUACAGAGUCAUGUCGUGAGGUCCCUGCUAUGAUGACUUCCUUGUGGAAGAAGCUGGAUUUUACACUCAACCAGAUCAAGUAAUAAGCUUUGACAUUAGAAGACACUCUGUUUUUCUUUCAUCCUAAAACUGAUAUUUGUGGAAAAUGUCUAAUGAGAUUUUAUCAUUGUUUUUUUUUAUCUUUCCAUAGAUCAUUGCAAAACUCCCCAUCAUUAUCAGCAUGCCAAAGAAGUAAGUUUGUUCGUAGUGUGAGUUUUUAUGAGAUAUUUGUCUUUAGGAUGCAUGCUUGAAAGUACAGUUGAUAGUAUUAAGUGAAAGUUCAGGACACUUCUCUUACAGUGAUGCAUUUAAAGCAUGAGCAUCAGUGCCUGGUGUAAAAAUAACCCUGACUUGGGGCUGGGCGAUAAAACGAUAACAAUAUAUAUCGAAAAUUAAUUUCCCUCAAUAAAUAUGAAACAGGGUCAAUAUGCUUUUCGAUAGUCCACAUUCUACCAUGUUUUGAUAAUAUGAAUAGCCAAUGAAAAGAGGAGUUGCUCCGGGUCACUGCAAAUUAUGUCAAGCACAUGUUCUCGCAAAGUUGAGAAAUACCUCAAAUCUUUUCGACCACCUGAAGCAGUGCCACGUGGCAGAGCACGCUCAAUGCAAAAGGUUACAAAGCAAGGAGCCCAUGACGCUUGUGCAGCCGGAACAGCUGGUGUUUCUACUGGAGCGUUUGGAUGAUAGAUAAUCCCAAACAAACAUAUUCUUUCAUAAAAUUACAUUCAAUUCAAAGGAGUGUAUUUCACCCCAAUUGAAAAUUGUGAAAUUUAUCUUGUGAAUCCAGUUGAAGUAGUAGAAUAAAUGAACUGGUAUAGAAACGCUGAUAUAACGUCAGUGAGACUGUGUUAUGCUCAGUGUUUUCACAGGGCUUUAUAUCGAGGAUUAAUCUUAUCACUUCUGUUUAUUACAGCUCGUUCACGGGUUGGAUUGGCAAACAUGGCCAGAGAGCGAGUCUUGGCUGUCACUUCAGCCGGUGCUGUUGUCUGUUCGACCAUUUCCGAGGUGAGCUCCAUCAUCGGCCCUUCCCACACCUCCCAUGCUGGCAUGCUGGGCCACUCCACUUCUGUUAGCCACAGUACUAUCCACACCAGACCAGCGACUGGAAGUACCCAACAGCAGACCCACGAUGGCAGCCGAUUAGUAAAUAUUCCAAGUAAGUACCACAAGAUACAAAUAUUUGUUUUAUCUUUGAUGAGCUGUUAUUUUUAGGCAGUUGAGAUAAUAAUGUUGUUUUAUUUUGCUUUCUACUCAUGUUAGUGAAAAAAAACUAAUCUGAGAAUAUUUAACUUUAUGCAUACUUUUAAUAGAUAUCUUAUAUUCUGGUGAAGUUUUUUUUAUUUUCUGGCUAAAGUAUUAAGGAGUAUUUUUGAGUUAACAUUAACCACAGAAAAGUCUGGGUUUUCCUAACGUGCGAUCUUUCUUAUUUUCAGGAGCUUUACCUGUACAGAUAGCUUUUCCAGAGCAGCGAUUUAAUCCAGGUCAAAUGUCUCCUGGACGAAGGAAAUGGUAAGAAUAAUCGUUACUGUAGUACAUUUCAUGUUAACAGCCUGAGAAAAAAGAGAUAAGAACAGACAAUGAAGUGCUUUCCUCAGCACAGUAAUGCAAAAUUUUGUUACACAACACAACAUAUUGCCUAAUUAUACGUAACAUUUGAGUCUGUGACUGUUUUUCUUUAACAUUUCAAGAGUGCUCACAUAUUUUGUAAAUGUCGGCAGUGAUAACCAACCCUGUUUAAUUUCUGCUGCAAUCAGGGACACUCCACGAAAAAGAAGUGGCGCCCCAAGUGGGACUGGUGGCAGAUGCGCCACGGCUGUUAGUAGCCAGAGUGUGGAAUCCCAACCUGAAGACGCUGUUGAUGAGAACUUUCCUGUAAGUUAGAUGUGUGCUUUUGAAGUCUGGUUUCCAUUUCUACAGAACUGUUUGUUUAUCGUGUAAGAAAAUAACGGCUUUUUGUUUGACACGUGAAUAUUUUGUUGUUAUUGAACAACAAGAUGCUCAAGACAGAGAAAGGCCUUAAACACUGCAUGUUAAUGAGUUUAAUCUAGUCCUCAUGCCUAUUUUAAAAUUAUUUUCAUGGGUCAGCUUUUAUGGGACAACUGUCAAGGUUUUGUUAGAUACAGGCUUUAUCAAAUCUGACUUAAAAAAUUGCUUAUCUCCUUAGCAACUUGUGAUACAAAAUGCACGUGACAAGAUAUUGGGAGACAAAUUGCUGCAAGAGAAGCUCGCUGAAAACAUCAACAAAAUCCUCGCUAGGUAGGUAUGGAGUUGGAAGUGUCCUACAUUAUUGGAACCAGAUCUAAGAACCACCAUGUUAUGGGAGACUUAUGACAUGUCUGUUUCCUUUUUUCUCUAACAUCAGUGAUCCGACACCCCCAACACAAAAGCCUUCUUCAAGUACAGUAGAGGCAGAUCAGUCCAUAGAUGAAAUCCUGGGAUUACAGGUACAAAAAGUUAUAAUUUUUUUCUUUUUCAGUAAAAUUUUUCACUUAUGUCACUUAAUUUUUCUGACAUGUGUUAUCCGACUCAGGGGGAAAUCCACAUGAGUGAUGAUGCCAUUCACGACAUUCUGGAGCAAACAGAGUCCGACCCAGCUUUUCAGGCUCUCUUUGACCUCUUUGAUUGCAGUAACUAUGACCUUUUUUUUUGCACAGAUUACAAAAAAGUGUUCUCAGUUGUCUUGAAUUAGAGAAAAAGGCUGCUUUAUGACAGUUCUUGUAUUUUCAGAUAAAAACAAGUUCCCCGAGGGAGAACCAGAAGAUGAAAAUCUUAACAGUAUCCCAGAAGAGAUGGACACAGCUGGACCUUCAACUGCAGUCAGACCUCUUCAGAGUAUUAAUCCAGGUAUGUGCUUACACUCCAGAAGUGAUCAGCUGUACACUCUUACUGAUAGAAGACAAAGUUGUUAUAUAUAUGGAAACUGUCUGGCGCCUUAAACGCCAGCAUCGUGUGUGCAUGACACAGGUUGCAAACACAUAUGGGAAGGCACCAUUAAUGCUGAACAGUUACGAUUUGAAGCAACAUAUACAACGAUCAAGACAAUGCGUUGUGGGAGGGAGGCCCUUAAAUAUUUCAGAAGGGAAAUGCCAAACCAUAUUUUGCAAAUAUUACAACAACAUGAGUUUGUAGUAGAAGAAUUCAGGUGCUAAACUGACCUGUCCGAAGCUCCACUUGUCACACUUUCAAAUAUUUAGAAGAACGAGACACCAUUACACUCAUAACUCUAUAACUGGCCUGGUUUUGUUACAGGGUAUCCACGGGGUCUCCAAAUGUCUCAAAUUCAAUAAUUUGAAUUUAAGGCCGUAAAAUGUCUAAAAUUCUCUUAAAAUUGAAUAAAAUGUCUUAAAGGUGGGGUAGGCAGGAAUUCGUUAAAGAAGCAUCUUUUUUGUGUAUGUACAAAAAGGUUUUUAAUAUCAGUCAAAGUAAAUACCAGAGACUCUGGCGGAUUAAUGGGCACUUAAAAAGGAGGUAGACCACCCGGACAGAGCUAAAAAGCUGGGUCAUCAUAAAAUGAUAGGGGACGCUUCGGGAUUCUGGACAUCUCAUAACUCAGCCCUUUCAUCUCUUCUCUGUUUUGAAAAUGUUUAAGUUUUCUGCUAUUUGAAGGACAACUAUCGACAUGCUCUACACGAGUUAAAAGAUUCUCACAGCUUUUUAUGUAUCACACUGUUGAACCAGUUGCACUGUGCACUAAUUUACAAAUGAGCUGUUUUGAAUAUAGCGUUGUACUCAGAAUAAAAUGUUCUUUUUAAUUUUUCAGGCAUGGCACAAAAAGAGGCAAACUGCUUGGAUCAAACGCUAAACGCUGCAAAGACAGGAACACCGGAACAGAGAGAGCGCAAGACCAGAAAGUCAACAACUUCCACUUUGUUAAAGAAAACAAUUCUUGGUCCUCGCAGCAAAGCAUCCAGAAUUGAAAAUAGCUCUGCCAGGUUAUUAGUCAGUCAUGGGGAGCACCGAGAAGUGCUGAAUGCUACAAGGGACUCAAACAGAAUACAAAAAGCCUCACCUGUCAACAGUGUUCUUGAAAUUUCAAUGGAUACCAACAAACCUCCGAAUACAUAUUCUGCUCCUUUAGAAAUAAUACCAAGUCAGGAGUUUACCACAAAGGACAGGGCUUUGACCACAGUUGCCUCCAGUGACUUGACAGUUUCCUUUCCAAAAGCCUCUGCUGCAUUCGCUCUACCAAAAGGGACACCAACCUCUGAUGAGCAAAAGAAACAACAAGCGCAGGGAUCUGAGGAACAACCUGCUGCUGUCUGCUCACCAGCCCCAAGAAAUCUACCUUCAUAUUUGUCUUCUGUACUGGAUGAAGUAAACAACCUUCAAAAGCAGACUGCUGACCUGCCUCUUGUGUCCGUCUCAAAAAGUGGACGCGACACCCAACCAGUGUUAACUCUUUCAGCUACUGAACCUUUGGCGUCCACGUCUGCUUUCAGCUGUACCACAGUUGCAGCUGUGCCUGUCCUGCCCUCAUCAGCACCUUUUACUGCAUCUCUUAUCACAAAAUCUUCUUCACCCACAACUGUUUCUACCUCUACAACGCCAACAGCUACACAUUCCUCAUCCAUACCUGCAUCACCAGCAUCCAUUUCCUCCUGUGCCCCCGUUGUUGUUCCAACUAAUCAGAUAAGUGACAUCCGCACUUCCCCAAGUAAGGCUGUAGCUGACUCCAAUAUAGUUUCUUUAAAGAUCAUCAUCAGUGAUAACCAGGAGGAGCCUUCGUCGUCUAGUGAGACAGCCUUGAAUCAGGCAAUUUCUAGUAUAUCAGGAGAAAAGAUACCCACCAUCUAUCUCUCGUCACCUGCUAAGUGUCCCGCAAGCCCUUACACACAAAAAGCCAACUUGGAUGAGGCUGCGCUGGCAGUUAGUGGUCUGCAAAGCUCUGAGGGACAUUCAGCAAGUCUACUGAACAUUAAAACUGGAGCGGUCAUUGCAUCCCCAUUAACUGGGACAUCACAGACCCAGCAAAACUACAUCAUCCAACUACCCCUGGACACCGCUAACCAUCCCAUCCAAGCAGCUACUGCUAACUAUUUCCUGGUAACUGAACCUCCUGCCUCAGAUGCUCAAAAUAGGCAGGUGCUGCUGUCUCCUGUAGUCUCCAAAGGACAGUCUAUGGCUACCAACCAGUGUGAGGUGUCUUCACCAACUUGCUCUCAAGGCUUUUCCCCUGGUAAGAGAAAAUAGAUCUUUGCCAUUUAUGUUUGGUUUUAAAUGGCCUUUUGGUUGACACCACUUUGGGCUACACAUACCAGAGACUACAUCUCUUUAGCACUUCAGCAGGUGAUCAUAUAGAGCUACAUUUUUAUGAGGCAUGUGCGAUACAUAAUAAGAUAGAUAACACACAUAUGAACUGACUGAUACAGGUUUUUCAGGACCAAUACUAAUUAUUGGUAGUUUAUAAAACAUUAGAUAUCCAGAACUGAAAAAUGAAAAACUUCAACAUUUAGAAUUAAAAUCUUAUAAACUUCAUCAAAAAUACUUAAAUGCUCUUAUCAAACCUUUACUCAAAACUGAUGUGUUCAACAUCAUAUGGGAGUUAACACUUGUCAGUUAACAAAACUUUACAGCCACAUACAGUUCUUAUAACGUCAGACCAAUUGGAUAGUAUUGUGAGUGAUACCGAAAGUAGUGCCAGAAAACAGACGUAGGGAGAAAGACACACCAGCAGUAGAGCCAAAGUAUCACACGGUUCAGUGAGAUAAUUAAUGUUAUUUACUAUCUGUAGCACAAAAAGCCAAUACAGUUGUCCUAAUGCCAAAUACCAUCGGUCUACCCAUUAAGACAUCUUUAUUGCCCCUCUAAAUAUAUUGUUAGGGCAAACCUUCAGUGCAAAAAUACAAAAUAUGCAUGAAUUAAAGUUGUGUAAUUACUCUAGCUAAUAUUCUAAUUAUAUAAAAUACAUAGGUAGAAAACUGGAAGUGAUAAAUACUGAGAUUAUACGUUAAGACGUUGGACCCAAGGUAUGAAGAUAGUGUGUUAGAGAGGAGAGUCAGUUUUCAGAGUAAAGUAACAUCAAAUUUGAAAUAUAAAAUAAAAUCCAACCCACUUUUCAUGGGUCAUUUGUAGGCUAAAAUUGUGAUAACAAUUUGAAGUGUAACUUUUUUAUGAACAAAUUACAAGUCAUUAAAAUGUUUGAAUUCAUACCAAGCAGGACACAAGAAAGGUGAUGGGAGUCUGUAGAAUUAACAAUCAAGUACAAUGGUAUUACAGGUGCAUAGGUCACUUUUUCUGUUCUGUUCUUUUUUGUAUGAGUAGGAGUUCAUCAUUAUGGGUUUAGAUAUUUGUUAUUUAAAACUGUGCUUUCUGUCUGCAGGGUCAGCACUUAUCGUACCAUCAUCAGUUAAGCCCAUGAUGCUCCCUGUUUCUGUUGUGGGCCAGAAAACUCUAGGAAGGGUUCAGAUGGUGUCAAAUCAGGUAACAUUCAUCAACUUCUUUAACCAACCUUGUCUCUUUAUUUCCACCAGACUGAGAGUGAAGAUCUUCAUUUUAGUUUUCCUCUUGCUUGUAUUGCUCCCAUGAGAACAUCUGUGUUUGAUACUUUAUAUCUUUUAAUAGUAUUCUGUCUCCCUGGGACCACAACAAAGCAAGUCACUUUUAGUUUUUAAAUCGGAAAGGUUCAAAUAAUAAUUCAGUUAUUUCUGAAUCCUGAACCUUGAACCCAAUUGUGUAGACUCUCAGCAAUGUCCAGGACAGUAAAAAUUUAACAUAUUUUUGUAUCUACAGCUUGUUGCCAUUCCAAACCCAGUUCCUGUGCAACAGUCACAAACUGUCAAGCCCAAACAUUCAACACUGGCAAGUAAACAGUCGACAAAUCCAGGUAAGCAACAGUUAACACAUGAGAGGUGAUACUUUCUAGCUAGAAAUAUUUUAUUGAUAACAAAUGUCCCCAGUACUUAUUUGACUAUACAGUGUCCUCAGUGCUGCUCUGUUUAAGGUUUUUUGUGCUAUUUCCUCAUUUACUGACCCUAUUUUCCGCAUUAUAGGUUCAACACAACAUCUGUCUGAUAAGUUGUGUCAACCUGCGUCAGCUGAAAACACAAGCCAACAGGAAACAGACGGUGGUCCUAAACACAGGAGAAUUUUGUGUUUUGACUCUGCCGCAGAGGUUCAACCACAAAAUACUAAAAGUGCUUCACCUCAAGCCACCAAUAUUUCCGCAUCACAACCUGUUCAGCAGACUAAGAAGAGUAACCCACACCCAGCCACUCGAACCAAGCCUAAUAUCUUGGGCGGCAGCAGGCCCAAAAGGCGGGUGCAGCCAGUCCGAUGUACAACAGAACCUCAGACUGGAGUUGGCUUUGUGAAGGAGGUGGAGAAAUUAAUACCUCCACAACAGCAGCAUAAAGAUUGUGAAAAAAAGAACCCUGGUAAACAGGACAGCACACAAAACCAAGAGCCUGUCAGUGAAAGUACCAGUAAAGCAGAUGAUUUAUGGCUUGAGUCUUUAGAAAACUCAGACUCGGGUAGAAAAUCACAGUCUAUUGACAGGAUACACAGUCAUGAUAAGGCUGAUGAGGGAACAACAGGAAGGGAUUCUCAAAAGUCCAAGUUGAUGUCCUCUGGUAUUGUGCUAAAACCAGGAGCUAGAAAAGAAAAAGAGGACAGCAGCAAAAAAGAACUCGCAGAAAAGGCUACUACCAAAUCACGUGAGUGGCAUAUGGAGAAGAAUCCCUCUCAGGAGUUGCCAAAUGUGACAGCAAACAAAGAGAAUGAAAUUAAGGGCGGCCUACAGGAUCAUUCAGUGCAGCCAACUUCAACAUUGAGAGACCUCAGUUCUCUUACUGUAACCCAGUCUUCAUCUAAUACCCAGUCCAAGGCUACAAAGACCCCCUCAAAGACCAGUUCUCUUGCCAAACAGGCAGCUGAGAUGCUUCAGGACAUCCAGGGGCACAACUCCCCUUGUACUCCAGUCAAGAGACCAGGAGCUGGUAGUUCAGACCUUAAUCUUCCCCGAACCCCAGGGACUAGCCUUAAUGAAGACGAGUUUACCGACUGUGCCAAGACUCCUUCUCGAAUACGCAAAGGUAGAGAUAGAGAGGGGACUCCAAAGCAUCUACUGCCAUCCAACACCCCAGAUGCUCCGACCUGCAGCCCUGCCAGUGAGGCUGGCAGUGAGAACAGUAUUAACAUGGCUGCUCACACGCUCAUGAUUCUUUCGCGCGCUGCCAUAGCUAGGACUGGCACUCCACUAAAGAACAGUUUGCGUCAGGGAGUCGAAGAAAAGACGGCCACAGACUCAAAGAACUCUAAGAAGCGUAAACAGCCUUCUUCCACAGUGAGCCCACCUGCAAAGAAAGAUCGAGUGAGUACAACAUGAUUAUUUACUGUUCAACUAUCCAUUCUCCUGCACUGGACAUGCUCUGUUGUAACAAUAUUAUGUUUUCAGAUUCAAUUAAAUGAUGAGGGCCAGUGAUGGUAUUUUUACCAUGGAAUCAAAUGCAACUUUAUUGAGAUUCUGUGUUGAUUAAAUAAUGAACAUGAUUUUGUUAGCGACAAAUGAUGAUUUUAGCGACAGGUGAUUUCAAUUCUUUUCUAGCUUUGUAACUGUUAUUUCUUAUUCUGCAGGAACGUAAGAAACUUAUGGAUUGCUUUCCUCAUGACCUGGACGUAGACAAGUUCCUGUCCUCGCUUCACUACGAUGAAUGAAAUUGGACACGGAAAGAGGAUGGGCCACCAUAUUAUUAUUUGAAAAUGUUACUAUCUGGGAAUAGAAUAAGCCAUGAACUAAGCCUGGGCCUCUGGUUCCGUAGGGUAACUUAACCCAGGAACUUCUCAGCUCCUUCAGCCAAUGAGUGACCUUGAUUCGAUUGACUUGUUUCCAUGAUUGACUUUACAUCCUGUCACAACCAUGGCACUUUGUUGUCUUUUUUUUUUUUUUUUUUCUUGUAUGUUAACUUUUUUUUCCUUUUCAUUUUUCUCUCAAAAACCUCAUUGUUUGAACUACAGCAAAGCAAACACAAAUGUGUUUUGGGCACUUAGACAUGAUGGAUGCCUGUUGUAAAAAAAGGGAGUUCAAAGCAAUACUUUGGUCAAUAUUUGGCUGUAGGUUUAAGAAUUCAACAAAAACCGACUGACAGGUUGUGUAUUAAAAUACAUUUUUAAACAUUUUUAUUAGUUUCACAAAAUGAAGUGCUCUCAUUGAUUUAAGCUUUUAAAGAUCAGACAUUUGUGAAGCUAAUGCAGCGAAAGGUUAAAUUUCGUAGUGUAUAAGAUUAUUUUUGUCUCAAAAAGGCAUAGCCAACUCAAAAUUGGCUGCAGCUGUUUAAAUAUGCAUACCAAUGUUUCUUUAUGUGAUGGAAUUAAAAAAAUAACAAUUUUUUGUGUCAAUUCACAUUAUAUUUAUAUCUGAGUAAUUGUGUGUAUUAUGGGGUUAAUUUAUUUUUUAACGUGUUUUCUCAAAAGUAAAGGUAACUAGUAUAGUAAAGUAAAGCAUUAGAUUUACUUUACUAUCAAGAUGUGGGGGAAUCUCUUAAAACAUUACAAUAUUUGGUACAUGUUAAACAUUAAGUGCGGUAACUGAGACAUUUGAUUUUCGGUUAAUUGCCUGUAUGUAUUGCAAUCAGCGAUGGGCACUACAUUUCCUUUAGAUGUACUGAAUCACUAGAACUUACUAAAAAGAUUUGUUCGCCAAAUCACGAAUUAUGUAGCGCUUGUGUUUGGCUGUGUUGCUUUGGCAAACAGGUUUGUAAAAAUGAACUUGUUUAAAAGUCAUAUUUCAGCUCAACUGACGUGAGAAACACACGAAUCACUUGAGAAAGGGAUUUGGUUCAGUCUGUUCACUUAAAAGAUUCGGUUCCUUUGAACGAUACGUUCAUACUAUGUACCAGUUGAACUGUGUGUAAUAGAUUAAAAUGUGAGUGAGAAGC